AUGGAGCCGGCGGCGGUGUGUGCGCACACAGGUGCCUCAGGCCGGUGGCGCGGAGAGCUGUCGCGGCCGCCUCUGGGGCUCAGCACUCUCACCAGCGCGCUGAAGCCUCUGCUCCAGCCGAGCCUGGGUAACCGCCAGCCUGAGCUGCGCGAGGAAGAGCCCAAGGAAAGGGCGCGAAGGGGGAAGGAGCGGAGGGGAGGUGGGGUGCGGGGGAGUGACCCAUCUCCUCAUCAUGCAUUUCUCCUCCCCGAGCUCUUCUGGUGGGAACCUUUGCUGAGCUCGCCUCCUCCCCUCCCCCUCGGCUCCCUCCCCUCCAGCGGCAGCAGCAGUAGCCACUUCAGCGGAGCCGGAGAUGGGCAGAGAGCGCGCACGGCGCGGCAGCUCCGGAUCCACAGCCCUCCCAGCCCGCAGCUCGCUGCGCCCCCGCCGCCGCUGUCGCCUCCUCGGUGUCCCCAGGCUCCAGUCCCGCGGCUAAGACAGCGCCGCCGCCGCAGCACGGCCCUGCCUGCCGCCUGCGCUGCGCAGCCCUCGCGCGCGCCCGGAUGGCGCUUUCCACCCAGGACCGGCUUAGAAUGCAAUAAUUCAAGAAUUUUAUAAUACAGUGGAGUAGCUUAACAACUGCUUAUGCGCUUCCCAUGAUAUGAUCUCUGUAUU